AUGUUACGGACGGAGAUGCUCCGAUGGCAUCCGGAUAAGUUCGCGGGGAAGUUUGGCGGUGCGAUCCGGGAGAAGGACGUCGCGGAGGCGACGACGCGCGUGAACGUGCUCGCGCGGCUCGUCGCGGAGCUGUUCAAGGAAGCCGCCGCCGCGUGA